GCAGACCGCUCCCUCUGCCCGCCGCCUCCGGGCGCCUGGAUCUCGCCGCCUGCCCGACGUGUUGAGCAAGGGACAGGAGGGGCCGCGAAAGGCCCGCCGGAGCCACUCCCUCCCCCGGCCCAGAGCCCUGGGAGGCGCCGCGACUCGCCAGCCCACCCGGAGGGGGCCGCGGGAAUCCCGCUCGGCUCAGAAAGGCCGGCUUGUCCUUAGGGAGCGUCCCCCGCCCCCGGCUGCUCUCGCAGGGCCCAGCAGGGGGAACCGGCGCAGGGAAGCGGCCGCCCCAUCAGGGCUCCGGGCGGCCUCGGGGGAGCCUCGGCCCGUCUGCGGCGCCUCUCGCGGCCGGCAGGGGCGGAUUCGGGCGCUCACUGCGCUUGCGCCGCAGAGGACGCCCGAGGCACUCUGGGAUAUGUGGUCCUGUGGGGGGAGGCGCGCGGCGCGGGUGAGUCACGUCGGCGGGAAUGGCUACGGUGGCCGCGGCGGCGGCGGCGGAGGAAGCGGCGGAGGCGCGCAGGAUGGAGCUGGAGGCGGAGGCGAACCGGUGGGCCGUCCUCUUCUACGCCCACCAGGCCUUGCGGGCCUUCCGGGCAGGCAACAGCCGGGACUUUCGGGAGCUGCGCGACGUCCUCACCGCCGUCCUGGCGCGGCCGGUGGCCCUGCAGGAGCCCAUCCGGAUCCAGCUGCGGAUUAUCCAGAUCCUGUCCAGGCUGGAGGAAGAUUGGGCUAUUGACUCAGAAACUGAGCUCACACCUCUUGAAAGCGUCCUUGUCCUUCUGGAGAAGCUCGGAGAGGAAUGCCACAUCAGUGUGGAGAUAACAGAGGAAUUAAAGAGAAGAAUAAAGGAGGCUGCUGUUAUCACCUGUAUUAAGAACAAAGAAUAUGAACAUGCCAACAAAAUCUUAAGGGAACACAUGUCACAGGACCCAAACUGCAAGCAAAUUAAGGCUAUUUUGCAUCACAUCAUCCAAGAGAAAAACUCUUCUCAUCCAGCCAUCUGUCAGUUCUCCUACAAAGCUUUCCAGCAGCGGAUUCUUCUCUUCUUUGAACCUCACUUGGACGAUUCUGAGCCAUUUCUCUUAGCGAUGGCAAAAAAGCAUUGUGAUGAACGCCUGGAGUCCAAGAAGAGCCCAGCAGGAGCAGCUGGCAAGGAGAAAAUGGCUGUUUCAGGGGCUGCACAAGAGGCCCCCGAGACCUCUGGGACAGCAAGUGGAGAGAGAGCAGGACAACUCAGCCAGGCCUCAAAAGCAGGAGGAAGUCUGGAGUCUGGAGCAGGAACCGGAGAAACAGCAAAAUCUUUGCCAGCACUGGAUGAAGGUGACAUUUUGGACUGUGUGGAGGCAGCCAUUGAGCCCACGAAAGCAUCCCCACAGGUGGAUGGAGCAACAGGGACAGAGGAGCCUGCUGCCGUGUCUGCGGCUUCCGACGACUCCACUCAGGCCUCAAGCCUGAAGCCAGCUUUCUAUGUGCUUUCUGUGCUGAGAGAAGCCUUCAAGAGUCUUUCUGAUGCCCCAGACCCCGAGGAGGCAUUCUUGCAACUGGACAAGACUGAUUGGACUUAUUCCACGCCACUCUUGCCUUCCAACUCUCCCAGAGCCAAGCGCCAGAAGACAGGAAACAUCGCUGUCCAGGCUGUCCUUGGCCUGGAGAAGAUCAGAUACCAUCCCUCUAUAAGCAACAUGCUGCUGUGGAAAGAGGGGAAACAUUGCAGGCAUUCCCCUGCCAGGAAGUUGAUUACAAAGCCACUUGUGACUUUGCGAGUCCAGUCCUCCGAGUGCAAAGAGAUCCCCCCAAGUACGCUGUACCCAGGUUCCAGGGAGGCCAAGCAAGCGGCUCUUCCUGUUCUGCAAGAAGAGAAGGAAUCCUGGAGUGAUGAAGACGAGAUCUUUAUGGACCAUAAAUCAGAGUGGUCAGUUGGCACCGACACGUCUGGGGCUAAAAAAAAGUGGUCUUUAGAGGAGUCUGCAUGGAUCAAGAAAGGUGUGGAGAAGUUUGGGGAGGGGAAUUGGAAAACUAUUUCUCAAAAUUACCCUUUUAAGGAUCGCACCCCCGUGAUGAUCAAGGACCGCUGGAGAACAAUGAAGAAACUGGGACUAAACUGAAUGUGAGGGCACAAUAUGCCUUGAAUGUAUUGAGUUGGCAGUUGCUGUAUCUUUAAUAUGUUAUGUAAAUAAAACGUUUGUAUUGAGUAA